AUGCUCAAGCUCGUUGUGAUGCUGCUCACGUAUGGACUUCACAUACUGGCAGCCACAGUGCGUGGCUCGCCCGUGGAUCCCGGGGCCGUAGUGAUGCGCUCGGUGCCUGAAGGCCGCGGCACGGACCACGGCUCAGUCCCGAUCGAGCAUGGCGACCCGUUCAAAAAGACGUUUGAUAUCAUCAUGAUUGUGGGGCUUGUGCUUUUGGGCGGUGUCUUUGCCGGCCUCACACUUGGCCUCAUGGGUCUCGACAUGAUUAACCUGCAGGUCCUCAUGACGUCAGGCUCGGACCAGGAGCGCAGGGAUGCCGCUAAGGUCAUGCGCCUAUUGGAGCGCGGCCGCCACUGGGUCCUGGUCGUCCUCCUCCUGGGCAACGUCAUUGUCAAUGAGACACUUCCGAUCUUCCUCUCCGAGUUCGGCUCGGGCCUCUCGGCGGUGAUGAUCUCGACCAUUUUGAUUGUCAUCUUUGGUGAGAUUGUGCCGCAGUCGAUCUGUGCGCGGUACGGGCUCAAGAUCGGCGCGGUGUGCGCACCCCUUGUGCAUGUCGUCAUGAUCCUCCUCGCCCCCGUCGCGUGGCCAACCGCCAAGCUGCUGGACUACUGCCUGGGCGAGGAGCACGGCACGACCUACCGCAAGGCCGAGCUCAAAACGUUCGUGUCGCUGCACCAGCAGAUUGGCACAGAGAACCUCAACGACGACGAGGUAACGAUUAUUCGCGCGGUCCUGGACCUGAAUGAGAAGACUCUCACCGACGUAAUGACACCCAUCGAGGACGUGUACACACUCCCUAUGGACUUUGUCCUGGACGAGGACGGUGUCCUGGAGCUUGUCAAAUCAGGCUACUCGCGCGUGCCGAUCCACGAGCCCCACCGCCCUGAUGCGAUCCUGGGCAUGCUGCUCGUCAAGCAGCUUAUCCAAUACGACCCGGAGGAUGCCUGGCCCGUGUCGCGCUUCAACUUGAUGCCGCUCCCCGAAGCAUCGCCGGACCUGAAUUUGCUCGAUGCAAUCAACUACAUGCAGUUCGGCCGCUCUCAUAUGAUCCUGGUGUCGAAGCACCCCGGUGAGCCAUCCGGCGCCAUGGGUGUCGUUACGUUGGAGGAUAUCAUUGAGGAGAUGAUCGGCGAGGAAAUCGUGGAUGAGACCGACGUGUUUGUCGAUGUGCACAACAAAAUCAAGGUCGUGCGGCAGCGCACACACCAAGACAAACAGGAGCAAUGGCAGCCGUUGAUUCGUGGGAUCAUCGAGCGCCGUCGCAAGUAUGGCGGCCCCAGCCAGGCGCCGCUCCACCGCAGCUUUGGCACCAUGAAGGAGACACAGGGCAGCAGCCACCUCCGCCCGCACAAGUACGGUGUGAUCCCCGUGACCAAGGCCCGCGACAAGGUGUGGACCAAGAAGCCGGGCAGCUAUCGCGACUAUGACUCGCAGAGCGAAACGUCGCCGUAUUUCCAUGGCAAAAAGCCCACAACCCCAAGCUCCAUGGCGUCGUCCACCGGCUUCACCGACUACAACGAAAGCCUUCCAUCAUGUUCGCUCAACUUGUCCGAGUCAGAGCGUCGAUGCGAAGCGAGCGGCCCUUACAUUGUGGAAAUGGGAGGCGGUCAGCCGCGGGUCCUCACCGUGGCUGAUGUAAAUGAGGAGACAGCCCGCGACCAGCGAGUGCGCUCCGCCGCCAACAAGGCAUCUUCGAGGAAGGAACCAGACUCAUCGCAAUCUCAGAACGAGUAG